AUGGGCGUGACUCAUGAGAAAGACAUUGCUGCAAGCAGUAAUGAUGGCUCGCAAGACUCUUCUUCCUCAGAGGCCGCAACAUCGUCAUCGCACAACUCCAUCACCGAACAACACGAGGCCGACGAACCCUCUAAAGAAGAACUGGAAACCCUACGACGUGUAGGGAGCAAAGUGCCAAACUCUGCAUGGAUGGUGGCGACCUUCUCCGGGGCUGAGAGAUUCGCCUUCUACGCUAUGCAAUCACCUUUGCAAAAUUACAUACAGAAUCCAGCUGAAGACUUUGGAAGGCCAGGCGCUUUGGGUAUGGGCCAGUCGGCGGCUACUGCUCUCAAUUCCGCCCUCGAGUUGAUAUGCUACACUACGCCCGUACUGGCAGGCGUACUCGCGGACGGUCGUUGGGGUCCUUAUAAGACGCUUGUGGUCUCCUGCUGGUAA